AUGGCCACAGGUGUUUAAAAUCAAGCACCUAGGCAUGCAGACUGCUUCUACAAACGUGUGAAAGAAUGGGUCGCUCCCAGGAGCUCAGUGAACUCAAGCAUUGUACCGUGAUAGGUUGCCACCUGUGCAAUAAGUCCAUCCGUGACAUUUCCUUGCUACUAAAUAUUCCACGGUCAACUAUUAGUGUGGUAUUACAACAAAUUGUAAGCAACUGGGAACAACAGCAACUCAGCCAUGAAGUGGUAGGCCACGUAAAAUGACAGAGGGGGGUCAGCGCAUGCUGAAGUGCACAGAAGUCACCAACUGUCUGCAGAGUCAAUAGCUAAAGACCUCAAAACUUCAUGUGGCCUUAGAGAUUAGCACAACAACAGUUCAUAGAGAGCUUCAUAGAAUGGGCUCCAUGGCCGAGCAGCUGCAUCCAUG